AGACUCAUCUCUAGAGAAGUUUGGUCUCGUAAUUUUUUCGUUUAAAUCAAAAGCGUGCGGAGUCACUACAUGUAGCACCAAGAUACCUGUUGUGCCAAACUCUGGACUGUUUCGCAUUUUUGGCUGUGUGUAUAUUACGUGUUUUUUUUUUUUUUUUUACCUGUGAAGUAUAUAUACAAAAUGUCAGAUGUGGAAAUGACAAUUGACGAACCGUUGUCCCCGGAUUUAUUCUCAGACGCAAUGGAGGAAGUACUGGACACCCCCAAUGUCAAUUCAACUGCUAGUUCCAUGUCUAUUGGUCCUAACGAGCCAGAGCCUUCCGUACCUGAAUGGAAAUGCAUGAGUUUGGAAGAAAUAAACAAAGGUCUUGGCGUGUACGAUUUUCAAGAGCAUCCACCAAUUGUUGCUUCUUCUUGUCACACUGUGCUGUUCAUGUUGCCAUUACCUACUAACGGACCGCUGAAACCAUAUCCAACGCAUCAAAUUGACAAGUGGAGUCAAGAUUACGUACGAAUGCCUUAUUCCGCGCAUAGUUUAUAUCCAAUAAAACAGGAAGGUAAAAAAAAUUCCUACAGAAACAGAUGGGAAGUUAUUCAGGAAGCUUUACUCAGGAACAUAAUUACCAGCCAACAGUUGGAAAGUGCUAUACUGUCGUACAAUGAUUACACACAGCGCUGGAAUUUUGCAGCGCUUCAUCAUUUCUUUUCAGAGGUUAUGGAAGUGGAAGAGACAAACCUUUUUUUCGAAACCUUACUGCCAAAACUGGUCCAACUUGCUUUGCAACUUCCUGUGCUGUUAACUGGCGCAGUGCCUCUAUUGAAACGUCACACCAACGGCUCUAUCAGCUUAAGUCAGCUUCAAGUAGCAUCGUUGUUGGCAAACGCAUUUUUCUGUACAUUUCCUAGACGAAAUUCCAGACAACUGGAAUAUGUGUUAUUUCCUGAUAUUAAUUUCAACAGAUUGUUUGCAGCUUUUACCAAAAAGAGACGUGGGCGAAGUGAGUCAGUCAUAGAGAAAAUCAAAUGUAUUCUUCAUUACUUUAGAAGAGUAACAUCUAAAGCACCCGAAGGUGUAAUAACAAUUGAAAGACGUUACAUUCCCCCGGAAAAUUGUCCAAAGUGGGACGCGCUUCGUCAGAAAUUGCCACCGUUGCAUAUAACGAGUAAAGGUACAAUUGAAAAUGAAGGAGCCGGAAUGCUCCAAAUGGAUUUUGCAAACAGAUACAUCGGUGGGGGCGUGCUAGGUUUCGGUUGUGUGCAAGAAGAAAUUCGGUUCGUCAUAUGUCCGGAACUUCUAGUCACUAUGUUGGUUACGGAAGAAUUAGACAAGACAGAGGCGCUCAUCGUCAGUGGCGUCGAGCGUUACAGCAAAUACGAAGGUUACGGUAACACUUUCAAGUGGACAGGCAACUUUAUCGACGAUACACCAAGGGACAGUAGCGGCAGACGUAUGACAUCUAUCGUUGCCAUUGACGCCCUUUUUUUCAAACAACCUCAAUUGCAAUUCAAAACAGAUAACAUAAUCCGUGAACUUAAUAAGGCGUAUGUCGGAUUCGCUCGACCCAAUGCUCAAACUAAUCUGCCCGCAAUCGCGACAGGAAACUGGGGAUGUGGAGUGUACCGUGGGAAUCCAAAAUUGAAGGUGUUGAUACAGUUGAUGGCGGCGGGAAUUUCAUCACGAUCUGUGGUUUAUUUCACUUUCGGAAACACAGAAUUGAGAGAUGAUGUGGCGACCAUGUACACGCAUCUGGUUCAACAUGAUAUCGACAUAGGACGACUUUAUUCAAUAUUAUUGGAGUAUCAGCGAGAACCUGCUUCUUCGGAUUUUUAUUGUUUCUUAUACAACAGAAGUAGGAUAAAAUCGUUGAGCAAUCAUUUCCCUGCAAAAUCGCAAAGUCCGUUGGCGAGUUUACGCAAGAAGAAUGAAAUCGCGACUCCAAACAAAAAUGUCGAUAACAAGCGUUAUCAUUGUUCGAAAGAUAAGAAAAAGGAAACGAAGGAAGAACAAAUCAUUAAUUGGCUCGAGAGUUGCGAUGACGACAACAGCAGCGAUAACGCUACACUGAACACGGGGAAUCUUUGCGAUGACAAAAUCACAAUUCCGAACAAAGGAACGAACGAUCGUAAAACCGCACAGUACAGUGAUAUAGAAAACAAUCAUUUUAUAAACACUUACAUCGUUGAGGAAGAAAACAAAACAAGCAAAUUAACAGAUAAGUCAGACAACAACGUGAACCUCUUGACCUUGGAAGAUUCGACUGCUCCAAGUACCACUCCGGAUCAAGACGUUCCGAAGAAAAUGAGAUCCGAAUUGUUGGAAUCUACGGUUUCGAAUGACAGUAAAUCUGUAAAAAAACACUCCCUGGAAUUGUGUAAACAAAACUCACUCUCGAAAAAAAGUGGCCAAAAAAAAAUCUCUGACUUUUUUCAACGAAUAUCUUAAGAAAACUAUUCCAAUAUCAAUUAGCUCACUUAAUAUUAUUAUACUUGUAAACACAUAUUGUGUACCAUUUUGAACUGAUUUGAAAGGUGAAAUAAUAAUAUUCGUAAUUACUCUGUUGAGUAAUGAGUUCUUAAUUUAAAACAAAAUUAGAAAAGAUAAAAUAUGAAAAUUAUUCUUGGAAUGGUGCAGUCUCAUACUGACAAAGAAGGUGAGAAAUGCUCACUUUUUCAUCCACAAAAAUGUAAAAAACUGUUAAAAUUGUAUACAAAUGUACAAAAUGUACCAUGUACUUGAAAAUUGUAUUAUAUAACUUUUUUUUUGAAAAACAAUAAAAAAAUUGA